UCCUUACUGCAAUCGCACUCCGGCUGUGAUUGCUCGGGUCUGACUUCGCAAGUGGCGGUGCGCUUCCAAACCCCCUCAUCCGCCCCUCGCCCGGCUCUCCCCGCUCCCUCCCUUCUCCGCGCCCAGGCGAGAGCAGCCGAUUGGCAGAGCGGGCCUUUCAGGAACAAUAACAGUGGGGGGGAGCCGGGGCCCUGGGGAGCCUCCCCCGCCCCCGGCCCGGCUCACGCCCUCCUUGGGGUCCCCACCUCCGCGCCGCCCCACGGGCUGACCGGCGCCCGGGCCCGCCCCCGGCGCCCACCAUGUACGCCUUUGUGCGGUUCCUGGAGGACAACGUCUGCUACGCGCUGCCCGUGUCGUGCGUGCGCGACUUCAGCCCCCGCUCGCGACUGGAUUUUGACAACCAGAAGGUGUACGCGGUGUACCGGGGCCCGGAGGAGCUGGGCGCCGAGCCCGAGAGUCCCCCGCGUCCCCCCAGGGACUGGGGCGCGCUGUUGCUCCACAAGGCCCAGAUCCUGGCGCUGGCAGAGACCGGAGGGGCGGAAGCCUAGUGAAGCGGCCCACAAGAGUAUCGAGGCAGUGGUGGCCCGGCUAGAGAAACAGAACGGCCUGAGCCUGGGCCACAGCACUUGUCCAGAAGAGGUCUUUGUGGAGGCCUCACCGGGCACGGAGGACAUGGACAGUCUGGAGGAGGCCGUCGUGCCCCGGGCUCUGUAUGAGGAGCUGCUGCGAAACUACCAGCAGCAACAAGAGGAGAUGCGCCACCUCCAGCAGGAGCUGGAGCGGACUCGGAGGCAGCUCGUACAGCAGGCCAAGAAGCUCAAGGAGUACGGGGCACUGGUGUCUGAAAUGAAGGAGCUCCGAGACCUCAACAGGAGACUCCAGGACGUGCUACUCCUGCGGCUUGGCAGCGGUCCCGCCAUUGACUUGGAAAAAGUAAAAUCAGAAUGUCUCGAGCCCGAGCCGGAGUUACGGAGCACUUUCAGUGAGGAAGCAAAUACGUCGUCCUAUUACCCCGCUCCUGCGCCUGUCAUGGACAAGUAUAUCCUAGACAAUGGCAAGGUCCAUCUGGGAAGCGGGAUUUGGGUUGACGAGGAGAAAUGGCACCAGCUACAAGUAACCCAAGGAGAUUCUAAGUACACGAAGAACUUGGCAGUCAUGAUCUGGGGAACAGAUGUUCUGAAAAACAGAAGCGUCACAGGAGUCGCCACAAAAAAAAAGAAGGAUGCGAUUCCGAAGCCACCCCUCUCUCCUCACAAGCUAAGCAUCGUCAGAGAGUGUUUAUAUGACAGAAUAGCACAAGAAACGGUGGACGAAACUGAAAUUGCACAGAGACUCUCCAAAGUCAACAAGUACAUCUGUGAGAAAAUCAUGGAUAUCAACAAGUCUUGUAAAAACGAAGAACGAAGGGAAGCAAAAUACAAUUUGCAAUAAACUUUGGAUUUUUUCAUAAAGCCUUUGCAUUUUCCUUGUGUGGUGUGUGCAUUCUGGGCUAUGGUGCCAUCAAAUAGACCACACCAGGCCUCAUCGUGUCUGGGCAGGGGACCUUCAGGGCACUGAGGUCAGUGUCUUAUUCUGAACUUGGACUUCCUACUUCAGAGAAGGCAGAUGGAUUUGCUAAGACUCAGCAGAGGCUCAUGCACCUCCAGUGUUGUCUUGGGAUGGGAAAAGCACUUUUCACGGGGCUGUAAAGAUCAGAGUAGCCUGUCGAGUCCACAAUAUGAACUGUUAUUUUUACCAUCGGAGGACAUCUGUCUCUGCUCCUCUAUUUUGUUCUAUAAUAAAAUUCCAUUAAUUCUUAAUGUA